AUGUGGUGGCAUUGGGCUGUCACCGUUAAGCCUCUGGACCCCGCCUAUACCCAAAGACCCACUCUGGGGGAUUUUUGGGGGGAACAGGCUCAGAUUCACUGCCCAGGCAAAGGGUACCUGAGCUUUUGCUUCGGGGUAUUCUACCUAGAAACGGGCCCCCUGAAUAGGGGACUUUGGGAGUCAUCGGCGGGGUCCAGGGCUUCAACGGUGCACCCCAAACUGCCACCACAUCCACAGGGGCCUCUGCUGCUAGACAAUGCUCCUAAACCCAAAGGCUGUGGUUGUUACGUACCACCGACAAAAUUACCACCAAAAACAGCCCCCCGUACCCCCACAACUACCCACAACAUACAAAAACAUACCCCCAACAACAUACCACACAACAUACCCCCAAAACAACGUACCCCCACAAAUUACCACACAAAUACCCCCACAACAGUACCCCCAAACAACUACCCCCAAAAACAGUACCACCAAAAAUUACCAAAAAAACGACCACCAACAACAUACACCAACAACAGUCCCCCCGACAAAUUACCCCAACACUCCCCAAAAACCCCCCCAAACAAAAUUCCACCCAACAAAGUACCACCACAAAAACCCCCCAAAAACGUACCACCAAAAACCUUUACCACCGCAAAUCCCACCACCAGUACCACCGACAAACUACCCCCAACAGUACCACCAAAACAGUACCCCACAACAGACCACCAAACAAAAGACCCCCAAACAACGUACCACCAAAAACAGUACCCCAAAACCAUCCACCGACACACCCCACCAAAAACAUCCACCAAAAUUUUCCACCAACAAAUUACCCCAAAGUACCCCCAACCAUCCACCAACAACAGUCCCACCGAAAACAUCCACCACAAAGUCCCCAACAACAAACCACCGACAAAAAUCCACCAACAACAGUCCACCACACAGUCCACCAACAACUCCCCACAACAGGCCCCGCAACCCCAAACCCCAAAACCAACCGAACACGCCCGAAAACACGGCACGCAACAGCUGAAACCGACAACAGCCCCCGAAAAAUCGCCCGAAAACGCUGCACCAAAAACAUCCCCCGGGCAACAGCCCCACCACAACAGCUGCACCGACAACCUGCACCGACAACACCCCACGCAACGUGCACCGAAAAACAUGCACCGAACACCCCGAAACAGUCGCAACAAAAGUGCCCACAACACCCCGACAACAGCCCCCCAAAACCCCACAACAUCGCACCGCACAGCUGCCCCGAAAACAGCGCCCGAAAAACCCAACCCGCCCCGAAAACAGUGCCCCAAAACACGCACCGAAAAACAGUGCACGACACACCGCACCGAAAACGCGGCCCGACAACAGCUGCCCGACAACACGCACCGACAACUCGCACCGAAAAAGCUCACGACAACACCCACCGAAACAGGCACCGACAAACCGCACCGCCCCCCAAACAGCUGCACCGACAACGGGCCACCGAAAAAACCCCCAAACCUGCCCGAAACAGUGCACCGAAAACAUGGCACCGAAAACCACCAAAAACAGUUCACCGACAACAGCGCCCCACAACAGCUGCACCGACAACACUGCCCCGACAACAGCUGCCCGAAACGGCCCGAAAAUAAGGGGUCGCACCGAAAACCCCAAGCGCCCGCAACCCCGCACCGCCCCGCGCCCCCAACGGCCCCGAAAAAACAACAGCUGCCGAAAACAGCGCCCCGCAACAGUGCACCGGACAAAUCGCACCGCAACACCCCCCACAACAGCUGCACCGACAAAGCCGACCAAACAACAGCGCACCGAAAACAGCGCCCGACACACCGCCCACAACAGCUGCCCCGAAACGGCCCACCGCCCCCCAAACAAGCUGCACCGACAACAGCUGAAACCGCAACGCGCCAAAAAUCCACAAAGCGACCGACAACAGCUCACCGAAAACCCCCAGCCCCCACCAAAAACCGCCCAAAAAAACGCCCCAAAAACCCCCGCACCGCAACGGCACCGAAAAGCUGCACCGACAACACGCACCAAAACAGCUGCCCCGACAACGCCGCACCGACCAGCCGCACCACAACACGCACCAACCUGCCCGACAACACUGCACCACAACCCGCACCGCAACAGCCCCCCGCCGAAAACCCGUGCACCGAAACAGCUGCACCGCCGGCCCCAAAACUCACCGACAACACCGACGCAACAUUUGCCCCAAAACAGUGCACCGAAAAUUUGCCCGACAACCCCCACCGACAACAUCCAAACCGAAACAGCGCCCACACAGGCACCGAAACAGCCGCCCCGACAACCCGCCCGACAACAGUCGCACCACAACAUUUCUCCCCCGACAGGGUGCCCGAAAACACGCACCGACAACAGUUGCACGGGACCACCCCCUUUCACCAACAACAGCUGCCCGAAAACUUUUCCCGCCGCCCCAAAACAGCUCCCCGGAACCUGCACCGCCCCCUCACGAAAACCCCGCACCGAAAACAGCCGCACCACACUCCCACCGAAAAACAUUUGCACCGACAACAGCCCCGCCCCCGCAACAACAGUUUCCGCAAAACACCCCCCGCAAAGCUCACCGACAUUUCGCACCAAAACAGCGCACCGAAAACAGCGCACCGAAAACCCCCCGCAAAACCCAAACAGCGCACCGAAACAGUUGCACCGACAACGCGCCCCAACAAAUGCCCGAAAACAGCUGCCCCGAAAACAGCUGCCCCGAAAAUAGGCACCAAAAACAGCUCACCGACAACACCCCCGCACGGCCCAAAACCCCGCCCCGAAAAGCUGCCCCGACAACAGCCGCACCGAACACUCACCAAAAAAGGGGCCCCACCGACAACAGCUGCCCCCGCAAAACGCCCAAAAACAGCUGCCCGAAAAAGCCGACGAAACAGCUGCACCGAAAAAUUGAAACCCGACAACACCCGCCCCGACAACACUGCACCGACAACCCCCCAACCGAAAAACAGCUGCACCGAAACACCGCACCGCAACACCCAAACCGAAAACCCGCACCGACAACAGCUCCCCAAAAACGGCACCGAAAAAGGCCCCACCGGCCCCACAACACCGCACCAAACAGCUCCCCGAAAAACAUGCACCGACAACAGCGCCCACCGCCCCGAAAGCGCCCGACAAAGCCGACCGAAACAGUUUUCACCGAAAACAGCUGCCCCGCAACAGUCCCCCGAAAACAGCCGCACCGACAACCACUGCACCGAAAAAAGCUGCACCCGAAAAACGUCGCACCGACAACGCCGACCGACAACACCCACCGACAACACUGCACCGACAACAGCCCCCGACAGCUGCCCAAAAAACGCAAAAACCGACAACAUCCCCACCGAAACGCCCCCCGAAAACUGCCCAAAAACAGCUCACCGACCACCCCGCACCGACAACAGCUCCCCAAAAACGCGCACCCACAGCUGCACCGAAAACAGUUGCACCGACAACAGUCGCACCAACAAACCCUGCCCCAAAAAACAGUUGCACCGACAACACUGCCCCACAACACCCCCCGACAACCUGCCCGAAAAACACCCCCGACAAAAGUCGCACCAACAACCGCCCGACAACAGCCCACCGAAAACAGCUCACCAAAAAACACCGGGCCCCGAAAGCCGCACCGAAAACUCACCGACAACACCCACCGCAACAGCCGCACCGACAACAGCGCACCACAACACCGCUCAAAAACACCCGCACCGAAAACAGCCCCGACAACACUGCACCAAAAAACUUUUGCCCGAAAACAUCGCCCCAAAACAACACUCCCCGAAAACUUUGCACCGAAAACCCCACCGAAAACCUGCCCGAAAACAUUUGAAACCGAAAACACCGCCCGACACAGCUCACCAAAAACAGUUGCCCGAAAACAGCUCACCGAAAACCCUGAAACCGAAACUUUUGCCCAAAAAAUUUUUGCCCGACAACAGUCGCCCAAAAAGCUCACCGAAAAACACUGCCCCGCAACCUGCACCGAAAACAUUGCCCCCGAAAACCCCGCCCGACAACCCAAAACCCGAAAACUUGACCGACAACGUCGCAAACAAACUGCCCGACAACACCCCCCCCCAAAACAGCUGCCCCAAAAACGCCCACCGACAACACUGCAACCAACACCCGCACCAAAAAAGCUGCACCGAAAACUUGCACGACAACGUGCACCGAAAACAGCGAACCAACAACAGCUGCACCGAAAAACGGUCGCACCGACAAAAGCUGCACGACAACAGCCGCCCGACAACAGCUGCCCCGACAACAGCUGCCCUAAAACAGCUCCCGAAAAAGUUGCCCGACAACUCGCACCAAAAACACUGCCCGAAAACAGCUGCACCGACAACAGCCGCACCGACCAGCUGCCGAAACCCGAAACCGACAACGCUGCAACCGAAACAGCUGCCCGACAACCCACCGACAACAGUGCCCGCAACAGCCGCCCGAAAAACCUGCCCCAAAAACUUUUGCCCCAACAACAGUCGCACAAAACAGCUGCACCGACAAGUUGCCCGAAACACCGCCCCAAACAACGCUGCACCGAAACACUCCCAAAAAACAUACACCGAAAACAGCUGCACCGACAACAGCUGCACCGACAACAGCCGCACCGAAAACAGCCGCCCGAAAACAGUUGCCCAACAACAGUCGCCCCCAACAACAGCUGCCCGACAAAAUUGCACCGAGAACACCGCCCAACACAGCUGCCCCACGCACUGCACCGACAACACUCCCCGGGAAAAUUUUUUCACCGACAACUCCACCGACAGCUGCCGAAACAUUCCCGCAACAUCGCACCCCCAGCUCCCACCACAACGCUGCACCAACAACAGCUGCACCGAAAAACAGUUGCACCGACAACUUUCGCACCAACAACAUCCCGAAAACAUUGCCCGACAACAGUCGCACCGACAACAGCUGCACGAAAAACAUUUCCCGAAACAGUCGCCCAACAACAGCUCCCACAAUAGCUACCCAACACAGCUGCCCAAAAACUGCUGCACCAAAACAGCCGCCCGACAACAGCUGCCCAAAAAACUUUUGCCCCGAAAACGCGCACCAACAACAGUGCCCGAACAUUUGCCCGACAACAGUCGCACAACACAGCUCACCGAAAACAGCCCCCACCAACAACACUCCCGAAAACAUUCCCCGACAACAUCAACCAAAAAACGCUGCCCACAGCCGCACCGACAACAGCCGCACCGACAACAGCUGCACCGAAAACAGCUGCACCGACAACAGCCGCACCGACAACAGCUGCACCAAACAACACCCAAAACAGCUGCACCCGAAAACAUUUUCCCGACAGCAUCGCACCGCAACGCUGCACCGACAACACCGCACCAAACAACAGCUGCACCAAAAACGCUGCCCCAAAAACGCGCACCGACAACAGCCGCCCGAAAACAGCGCACCGAAACAUUGCCCCAAAAACAGUCCACAACAACACCCUUUCCCCGAAACAGUUGCACCGAAAACUCGCACCAAAACACUGCACCGAAAAACGCUCCCCCAACAACACUCACCAAAACUUGCCCCGACAACACGCCCCAAAACAUUUCACCAAAAAACCGCACACCGAAAACACCCCACCACAACAGCGCACGACAACACUGCACCCGCAACACCCGCCCACAACAGUCCCAAAAACCUGCCCCAAAAACACUGCACCAAAAACAUUUCACCGCAGCAGUCGCACCGACCAGCUCACCGACAACACCGCACCAAAAAACAGCUGAACCAAAAACACUGCACCGAAAACAUUUUGCACCGACAACAUCGCACCGAAACCUGCCCAACAACAGCUGCACCAAAACCCGCCCCGAAAACAGCGCCCCAACAACAGUGCACCGACAACAGCUCACCGACAACAUGCCCCGACAACAGCUGAAACCGAAACCCCGCACCGACAACGUACCCCCCAAAAACAUCCCCGAAAACGCUGCCCCAAAACAGCUGCACCGACAACGGUCGCACCGAAAACAGCUGCACCGACAACAGCUGCCCCGAAAACGCUGCACCGACAACACCGCACCGACACACCGCCCGACAACAGCUGACCGCCAACAGCCGCACCACAACAUCCCCACCAAAAACACUCACCGACCGCUGCACCGAAAACAGUCGCCCGCAACGCUGCACCGCAACAGCUGCAGAAAACAGCGCACCCCAAACCCGCACCAAAACAUGCACCAAAAACAGUUGCCCGACAAAAUUUUGCACCGAAAAACACGCCCAACAACAGCUGCACCGACAACAGCUGCACCGACAACAGCCGCACCGACAACAGUACCACCGACAACAGUACCACCGAAAAAGCUGCCCAUAACAGCUCACCGACAAAGUCCACCACAACACUGCACCGAAAACGUCCCACCAACAGCGCACCGACAACAGUACCCCGACAACAGCCCCCAAAAAACGCUGACCGACAACCCGCCCGAAACAUACCCCCCGACACAGCUGCCCCAACAACUCGCCCGCCGCACUUCGUUUAACAAGUGA